AUGCUUGGGUUCACUUUCCGCUCGGGCCUGGGCACCCAGACACCUGGGUCCUACGUGGCCGCUGUGACAGUGCACAUCCAGGGGCUGCUGCAGAGGGUCCAGGCUGGUGUCUUCCCCACUGCCAAGGGUCUGAGCUUCCUGGUGCUGCGGCCGCAGCUGCUGCUCUUCUACCUGCAGGACCUGGCGGCCGUGCUGGCAGCCAAGGCUGGGGGGUGCCCGCUGGCCGGCACCGCCCCUCCCCUGCGCCUGGCAGAGCUGCGCACGGUGCUGGAGAAGAUGCGGCCCAUCGACCACAAGCUCCGGUACCAGGUGGACAAGCUGGUGCGGGCAGCGGCCACUGGGGCCCUGGGGGGGGAUGACCCACUGCGCUUCCGGCCGGACCCCAGCAACAUGGCCAGCAAGCUGAGUGAGGAUGAAGAGGAGGCCAGUGGCCCAGACCCUGGGAAGAAACCCACAGCUGCAGGAGGGAUCCGGAAAUACAUCCCACCCCGUCUGGUGCCGGUUCACUAUGAUGAGGGUGCAGCUGCCCGGGCCCAGCGGCGCCAGGAGCAGGCCACGCGCCGAGCGCUGAGCAGCUCUGUCAUUCGGGAGCUGCGAGACCAGUUCUCGGAGGCCCCUGAGGAGAUCCGGGAGGGUAUGGCCCCCCAUGCCGCCCGCCACAGCCGCGAGGAGACACGCCGGACCCAGUACGAGGAGAGCAUGCUGGUGCGGCUGGGCCGGAGCCGUCAGGAGCAGGCGUGGCGGCGCAAGGAGUCUGCCCCGGGUGCCCAGCUUGGCGCCCUCACCCGCUUCGGGGAUAUCAGCGCCCUCACAGGCCCUGUGGGGAUGGCUGGAGAGACACGGGAGCUGAGUCCCCCAAGGAAGAGGAAGAAGAUCAGUGUGAAGAAGGGGAAGAAAAAAGGUGAGUUGCCUCCCAAAUUCUCCACUAUCCCAGCAGCCCCUAUUGCUAGAGAUGCCUAG